AUGAUGUUAAAUAUGGACGAUCGAUCCGUGUUAGCCACUCCUGAAAACAGCGACGAGGAGAGUGGAGAUGCUUUUACAGAUGGUGAUUUUGGUGAUUCUGAGGAAGAAACUGUGGUAGAGCGUAAUUUAGUAAAAACAACACAUAUGCCUAUCAAUGAAAGUAUCAAUUCCGAAAUUAAACUGAAUAGUGAUAUUGAUAGUGAUAUCAAUGAAAGUGCUAAUUCUGAAAUUAAAGUGAACAGUGAUAUUGAUCGUACUGAUGACAGUUUAGACCAAACUAAUGGUGUUCAGGAGAAAUUUACUGACGAGAAGGAAGAAAAUAUGCAUUUUAGUGACUUUACUAACGGUGACAGCCCAUCGGAUUUACGAAGAGAUUCGCAAAGUGACGGCUCCAUCGUUGGAAUUCUCGGCGAUCAGCAUAGUCACGCAGAACAACGACUAGCGGCGCGUCGUGCUGCGCGGGCGGAGGCGCGCGAAAUCCGCAUGCGCGAGUUGGAACGACAGCAGCGCGAGCAAGAGGACCAUGCUGAUAAGGCGUAUGAUAUGUACGGUAAAGAAAAGACGGUGGGAAGGCGGACAGGCAGUCGGUUAGCCGUGUUGAGCCCCAGCGCGCUACACUCGCCGCGGCGCAGUUCAGAGGAUUCUGAUGAUGUGCUCAGCAUCAAGGACCUUAGGCAUGAACUAAAAGAAGUGGAGGAGAAGUUCCGCAAAGCCAUGAUCCUCAACGCCCAGCUGGACAACGACAAAGCGGCGCUCGGCUACCAGCUCGAGUUGCUCAAGGACAGGAUAGAAGAGUUGCAAGAGGAGUAUGCGCAGUUACAGCGCGAGCACAAAGAGAAGUGUUCAACGCACGAGCGGCUGAAGCGCGAGCACGCGUCGCUGGAGCGCGAGGUGGGCGUGGCGCGGGACGCCGUGCGCGCGCGCGACGCGGCGGCGGCGGCGGCCGGCCGCGCCUUCGUGGAGGCGGCGGCGGCGCCCGACGCGCCCGCCGGCGCCGCCUGCGGCCGCGUGCCGCCGCUCGCGCUCGUCACGCACGAGAGCGAGCGCCUGCUCGACGACGCCGGCGAGGGCACGCUGGACGUGCGGCUGGAGCGGCUGGCGGGCGCGAAGGCGGCGCUCGAGGGGGAGGUGCGCAAGCUGAAGCUGCAGCUGAACGAGGAGCGCGCCGCGCGGCACAACGGCGUGGCGCACCUGCACCAGGACGUCGAGGCCGAGCUGGAGACGCUCCGCAAGUCGGCGUCGGAGGCGAAGGCGCGGGCGGCGCGCGCGGAGGCGGAGGCGGCGCUGCAGGCGGCGGCGGCGGCGCGCCUGGAGGCGCAGGUGGCGCGGCUGCGCGCGCGGCAGGACCACCAGGACGAGCACGAGGAGGCGCUCAAGCAGGAGCGCCGCCGGCUGCAGCGGGAGGCGAGAGAAGCGCUCAAUCGAGUGGAAGAAUUAGAAACCGAAAAUAGCCAUCUUACAAAACGUCUAGACAAAUUGAAAAAUGCCAAGUCCGCGCUAUUAAAAGACCUG